AGCCUAGUUCAUUUCAGUCAUCCGCUCAGUGCACAGACGGAACAAGGAGAGCAAUUUCAGCGCUGCGUAUUUGUCAAAGUCCCCCCCCAAAAGCCUAAAGUUAAAAAAGAGAGAGAGAAAGAAUAGAAAAAAGAAAGAAAGAGAAAAAAAAUGGUAAAGUACAUGAGAUAUCACAGCGAGCUGAAACCCGAAGAGGUCCUGUCGGAGUCUGAUGCGUCCAUGGACCAGCAGGAUUUCGGAGAGAUGUCCGACUAUUCUUUCAGCGACGUUAUAUACUCCAAAUGUUCCGCAAUGGACCAAAUCGGCACUUUUAUGAAGAACGUGCAGGUGCUGCUCGAUGCAGCCAAUUAUAUUGAAAACAUUGAGAAGAACAACGGAAAAUGUGAGCACGGCUAUGCUUCAGCAUACCCUGCAACCCAGAUUUCACAUCAACAGAAACAACGUAAACUGAAGAACAGAAAACUGGACAAUAUUCACAAUAGGUCAGCACACAAUGAACUUGAAAAGAACAGGCGAGCACAUCUUCGCCUGUGCUUGGAGAGGUUGAAGUCCCUCAUCCCUCUGGGACCAGACUGCAGUCGGCAUACCACUCUGGGACUGCUCAACAAGGCCAAAGCACAUAUCAAGAAACUUGAAGAGAUAGACCGGAGGAGUCAGCACCAACUGGAGACCUUAGAGAGGGAGCAAAGGCACCUGCAGAGGCAGCUAGCUCUGCUGCAGACCCACGGAGAGAGGGAGAGGGUUCGUACGGACAGCCUGGGUUCCCGCAUGGACUCUGAUCGCUCAGAGUCUGACCGAGAGGAAAUUGAAGUUGACGUGGAAAGCACUGAGUUCUCCCAUGGAGAAAUGGACAGUGUAAGCACCAGUGGUGCAAGCGACCUGGAUGACCAUAGCAGCCGGCAGAGUACCGCCAGUGACGAGGGCUAUUCUACUUGCAGUCUGAAACUGGCCUUCUCUGCUUAAAGCACCAGCCUAUACUUUCAUUCAGCUGCAGUCUUUUACAGCUUUCACCUGUCAAAGUACCAGCCUACAGCUCCAGUCUCCCUUACAGUUUAGCUAAUCUGUCGUCAGAAGAACCAGCCCCCCCAUCCUAUCUUUACCUGACAAAUAAAACAUCUCCACCCAAGAACCAGCCUUAAGUUCAACUCAACUCUGAAAGUCUAAAAUGGUCUCCUUCCAAAGGCCGAGUGGCUCCUUUACAUAACUCUGGCACAAUUUACACAAUAACUGCAAAUCUCCAAAUCUCUGGCAAUAUACGGUUUCCUUACUUUAAAAGAUGACUUAACCAAUCAUCUGAAUGUCCCUUUACCCGUUACCAGCUUGAAUCCGCCAUACCUGCACUUAAUAGUGAUCCUGUAGAGGACCCAUGAAUGCACCUGUGUCAAAUGCUAAAGGCAAAACUACCUUUAGUGAAGUUGAUCCUCUGAAACCAGCAGAACACAACCCC